CCAGUUUGUUUCCACGGAGCUGAAGAAGCUUGUGGGUUAUCGGUGCUGACAGGCUAAUUUACGGAUUUUCUCCUCCAUUUCAGCUGUGAUUCUCUCGUAAAUUAUACAAAAACCAAACGUUGUUUUCUUCCUAAGGGGUCUGAUUGAUGUUUAACCAAUUCAUUCAACGAGGGAUCUCCAUUCAGAAUGGUAUCACUGGCAACUCUGGGCUGAGAGUGAAUCCGUCAAAUUCUUGUUGCUCGGACACCUGUCGCAAUGGCACAAUGACAGAGCAAUUAAAUAACAACGAAACUCUCUUUUCUUUCGAACUAUUGGUGGAAUAUAUCAGAAUAGACAAAACCAGAAAAUGUCUAAAUUAUUCAGAUGAAUUAGCCCUCGGUGUGAGACUACUGGACUUCCCAACUCUGCUCAUCUAUCAACCAGAAACGUCUACUCCACUGCUAGAUCAACGGCACCAUGAGGACGAGGACAUUGAGAAGGAAAACCAGCUCUAUCAAGCCCACGACACGUUUCAAUACCCUUUCAACAAAGGCAAGUCGUGUUUGUUCAAAACCCACCUGGACUCCCUCCACACCCACCUAUCCAACACUCCUCUGCAUGCUGUGGUCCUGGAUAUGAGGGGAGAGGUUCCCACGUUGAUAGGCAGCUCGAUGGUGUCUCUGGUCAGGUUGAUAGACUGUAUCAGGUGUGAUGUGGAGGUUCAUGGUAUCUCCUCUCCCUCUUCCCAAGGAGAGAAAGGACUUGUUGAUUUAUUUAAUCUCAUGGGAGAGAAAAUAGGUGUUCUUUCUUUGGGAUAUAAUCUGUUCAGUCUGGGAAGUAGUUCAUUACCACAUAUACCUGAUAACAGGGUAUUGCCAGUUGGUAUUACACACGGGACGGAAUCUAUGAAACCAAUAGAACAUUUACAGGUCGAUCGUGGGAAAGGAACGAUGCAACCACUUGACUUGGACAUUGACAACAGGCCUUCCAAGGUCCUUUAUCAGAAUAUUCAUAUAAAUGACAAGCCCAGUGAGAUAGUGGUGUCAGAAGCACGGCAGACUGUUCCAGUUUCAACUGGCACUCAAACAGAACAUUCUAGAAGCAAGCAGCAUCACCGAACACUCAGAGUGGCUGCUAUCGAUGAGGAGCAUGAUGAGGGAAGCCUCUGUGUUCAGCCCCCAUCUCUUUACUACAGCAGUUCUGUAGAACAACAACAUGAGAAUGAACCAGGCCACUACAGGGUGUUAGACAUGGAGUCUCUCAGGGUCGAGGAUCUGGACUUGGGGAAUGAGGAGACACCUGAUGAGACACAGGUUCCUGCUACAGACCACAGGUGUAGACAGAGACAGGAUGUGGUUAUGGAGUCUAGAGGCAGGGAAGAGAGGGGACAGCACCAACCCCAGCAGACGGCAUCUAUCUUAGGGGAGGCUCUGAGACCGCUCCCUCUAUUGAACACCUUGCUAGUUGAGCUCGCCCAGCUGAGUGGACAGAGUCAGACCCAGCUACAGCAGCUCUUUUCAGUCCACCCCAACCUAGCAUGGAUCUACAGGCCACUGACAGAGCCUUCUAAUGGACAGGCGGACUGGCCUCAGUCCCAGGGCCUACGAGACACCACAACAUCACCACAGAGAGGCAGGCAGUCUCCUUGCCCAGUGGUUCCCGAACUAUGGGUCAGACCUAGCCCCAGAGUGAAGAAUAGGCCUCUUCAGGAACAAUGCAGCACUACCACACAAAGUUAUAUCAGAAAAACAAACUGGGAGAAUACAAUGAGUGGCAAUACAGUGUCCAAGUCCUCUCCCAAGAAGAAGUUAGGUUUUGGAAUGACAAAAACGUUCCGCCUAAGAAUGAAGCAGAUUCAACCUUGUGGGAUGAAAUGCCACCUCCAUGAGUGCAGAAAGCAACAGACAGACAAACAGAUACUCAAGACCAAGGGUCCUGGCAGGAAGUCCAACAACACUAACAGACAAACGGAUAAACCUAUAGAUGGGAGGAAGCUACUCAAUAGGAAUGAUAUUCUAAAUGAGGACAUUGCGACUUCGAUAAGUAGCCUAGACAGAGACCGUGAACGGCAGGGAAACAUCUCAACAGGAACCCAGCAGGAACUAUCAAACACAUUCACAACUAGUGUCAAUGCAGAGGAUUUUUACUGUAAGAGAGAUGACUCCUCCCAAAGAUUACCAAAACAGAAACCAUCAUCCCAUUCCAAGCAGGACAGUCACAGUAAACUGUGGGUGCAUAUUCCCAGUGUUGAUCACACAGAGGAGGUGUUACGGAGUGGAGAGUACGACCAUGCUGACUCUGACAGCAGAGGAGACGGGGAUGAGACGCCAAGAGGCCCCAAACCCAGACCACACCUUUUAGACUCUGGCCACAAGCCCCACAUGUCAGACACCAGAAGAAGCCCCAGACUCAAACACCCCCACUCAGCCUCCAGCAGUGAUAGAUUGGACAGUGUGGGGGCAGUAGAAUACCUGGAUGACUUCAGCAGUCUAGACCCUACUGAUGGUGACGGGUUCUCACCUUCAACUGACCUUCUCAGUAGCCCUGAACCUGUUUCAGGUAGGACUAGGAGGAGGAGCCCCGAGCCUGUUGGGCGUGGGAAGACUAGGGGGAGGAGCCCUGAGCCUGUUUCAGGUAGGAGGACUAGGGGGAGGAGCCCUGAGCCUGUUGGGGGUGGGAAGACUAGGGGGAGGAGCCCUGAGCCUGUUGGGGGUGAGAAGACUAGGGGGAGGAGCCCUGAGCCUGUUGGGGGUGGGACCAGGGACAAGAGGAGGAGCCGAGUGUCAGGUGACCAUAACUCUGACGGCUCCAGUGUCUCAGAGAGAAGCCAGAGAAGAACAGUGGCUCCGCCUCUUCCAGUUCCUGUUAAAGCUGAGACGUCUCCCCAGCGCUCCCUGCUGAACACGCACGUCAUCAGACCUCGUACCCAGGCCUCAGUCCUCAGCGUCUCCUCUGACAACAGUGUUGGAGACUCGCCUGCAUCCAUACACUCAGUCCGCUCUAGAACUCAGCUGGCAGCAAGACCUUGUAGUGGAGGAGUCAUGAGGUCUGGUUCUGGGGCUAGAAGAACCUCAACCAACAGGCCUGGUGGCACUUGGUCUCAGGGAGCCAAGGGGUCUUUCUCUGAGAGUCUCAAAGCAUCAGGCCAACUCAGUGACAUCCAUACUGGCUACAUCCCCAAAGAACCCAAGGACAGAGCACCAGACAGAGGAUACUCUGUAGACACCCACACUGACUCUAUCCACACUAAGAACAGUAGGUCAGACAGGGGAUACUCUGUAGACACCCACACUGACUCUAUCCACACUAAGAACAGUAGGUCAGACAGGGGAUACUCUGUAGACACCCACACUGACUCCAUCCACACUAAGAACAGUAGGUCAGACAGGGGAUACUCUGUAGACACCUGCAUCUCUACUGACUACAACUCCUCACCUGAGUCCCACAAGGCUGAAGAUAUAGAAGAGGAGCUAACUGAGGAGGCAGGAGAGGAGCUAACUGAGGAGGCAGGAGAGGAGCUAACUGAGGAGGCAGGAGAGGAGCUAACUGAGGAGAGGAGCUAACUGAGGAGAGAGGAGAGGAGCUAACAGGAGGCAGGAGAGCUAGCUAACCGAGGAGGCAGGAGAGCUAGCUAACCGAGGAGGCAGGAGAGCUAGCUAACCGAGGAGGCAGGAGAGCUAGCUAAAGAAGCUAUAGAUGAACUGGGUUCUCUGGGGUUCAGUAAUGAGUAGCAACAUGUCUCUGAGCUGGUAGUUAACAAGCUCCAUGGAUACACCUUCUAGAAGACCCACAUGAAGAAUGUGCUUCCUAGGGACAAAUGUAUCAAGCAUCUCAAGGUAGUGCUGCUGAUCUAGGGUCAGAUAUUCCCUGUCCAUAUGAUCCUACUUGUGAUAUUAAAGGCAAAACCAGUUCUCCUACUCUAAUGCUGUGUUUACACACUAAUUGGUAUUUUCACCAAUCAGAUCAGUUCUGAAAAUGAUCUGAUAUGAAAAGAUUCUAAGUGAUUGGUCAAAAGACAUAUUAGUGGAAAAGAUAUCAGAAUUGGGCUGCCUGUGUAAACACAGACCAUGAUGCUUGAUACAUAUGGGCCCUGACAUAGUCCACAUCUGGUUUACUGAUAGAGCAAUGGUGUGGAGACAGACAUUGUUAGUCAUUCUGAAUUUGGACGUGCGGGAUACUUCCAUUUUAAUAUCUCAUUCUGUACGGCACUAGACUAAACUGAAUGUAAUGUUGUAUCAAUCAUUCAUAAAUUCAAAGGGCUAAUUGAAUAAUUUACUUCCAUGUUAGACUAUUGACUGUGUGAGCGGGCUUGGGAAUUCCCUAAUAUGAAUACGUUAUCAAAAAGCAAGACUGUUUUAGUUUAAAAUGUCUUUCCCAAGUUAUUAAAAUGCUUCUGUUGUUUUAUCUAUACAUUCAAUUGUGAAAAUAAUUUAAAUGUGUUGAUGAGUUACAUACUACUUAAGUUGUGCAUGAAAAUGCCACUCAAUAUAUGCAAGUCCACAAGGCUACUACACAAUGCCAAAGGGAGCAGGUAGAGAGAUAUGUUGAUGCCUACCCUCAGUCAUGGAUCUCCUGAAUACUAUGGCUUUGAAUUGACAUAGAGCAGCGGGGUUUCAACCUUUUCUCACCCCCUCCUAGGCAAACCGGCAACCCAGGAACCAUUAUAUAUUAACAAAAACAAAUUGUCUUAUUAUCAAGUGAAUGAUUAUAGAAGGCAGAAGUAAUCAACAUUUUAAAAUGAAUAGAUUUGGUAGAUAAUUGUUCAGUAUUUUGACCUCCACACGUUAUAAUUGGAAGAGGAAGGGUAAACUCUAACAUAGCGUAUUAUAUAGAAAGGUAACUCCAAGCCUAAGAGCAGCUGGUUAAACAAAGGUUAGCCAUGUGUUGGCAAAAAAUUAAUGUCCAAGUCUUAUCUUGGCGUGACAUUUUGAGUAAUGUGUAAUUCUCAGACAAGGUGACUUUUAUCAAUAUAUUCACCUCAAUUUAUUGUCAAAAUGGUGAAAUGCUGAUUAGAAACAGAGAAGACCUCAAGAAGACUACAAAUCCCCGCAGAAAGCUCCUGUACAUGUUCACCAGCGUGACCAGAGGCCGCCGUUACCCAAUCCAUGAUGAAUACAUGUGCUGUAUUGAAAUUCAUUUAAUAAAGUGUUGAACAUCUUC